AAUGGUGCGUGUGCAUGGCCGGUUGUCCCGAGACGGGGUAGAGGCUGCCUGGAACCGGCCGGAACCCGCUGCGGCGGGACCCGGGCCUCCCUGCGGGCGACUCCAGGGUCUGGGACCGAGUCCUCCUGGAGCUGCUCGGCCCUCGGUCUCCUCGGCCGUUGGUUGGGGCUGGGCUGGCAGCCGGGACCCCGGGUGUCCUGUCCUGUCCUGUCCCUGCGCGGCGACUGCGGCCCCGCCCCGGAGCCCUCUCUGGGCAGUUCCGCGCCCGCAGCCCCGAGUCUCCCCAGAUUGUGUGGAAGCCACGGGAGGGUCAUGGGGGAAAUCCCGACCCGGGUGUAGGGUUCGUGCGUGGGAGGAGCAGUGGUCUGUGGGGCCCCCAGUCCCCACUUUCUCCUGUUAAAAAUUAAACUGAAGUACAUUAACAAUUAAAGAGUUCAUUUGAGCAAACAGCAAUUCAGUAAUGAGAAAUACCCAGUCCUGGCAUGUGGUUUGUCAACGGAAAAAGCCAAACAAUGUAAAAUAAAGAAGUUUAUUCGGAGCCAAAUAGGAGAGACCUUGGCCGAGGGAAACACAACCCCAAGAAGCCUAUAGUGAGUGGUCCCGAGACGGCUCAAGACAGUUUGGUUUUAUUCAUUUCAGAGAGACAGGAGUUGCAGAGAAAAUCAUGAAUCAGCGCCUGAAAGGUGACCCAGUGGCCUUUGAGGAUGUGGCUGUGAACUUCACCCAGGAGGAAUGGGCUUUGCUGGAUAUUUCCCAGAGGAAACUCAGGGAAGUGAUGCUGGAAACUUUCAGGAACCUGACCUCUAUAGGGAAAAAGUGGAAAGACCAGAACAUUGAAUAUGAGUACCAAAACCCCAGGAGAAACUUCAGGAGUAUCAUAGAAGGGAAUGUCAAUGAAAUUAAAGAAGACAGACAUUGUGGAGAAACUUUUACCCAGGUUCUAGAUGACAGGCUGAACUUCCAGAAGAAGAAAGCUUCUCCUGAAGUAAAAUCAUGUGACAGCUUUGUGUGUGCAGAAGUUGGCAUAGGUGACUCAUCUUUUAAUAUGAACAUCAGAGGUGACACUGGACACAAGGCAUGUGAAUAUCAGGACUAUGCACCAAAGCCAUAUAAGUGUCAACAACCUAAGAGAGCCUUCACAUAUCGCCCCUCCUUUAGAACACAAGAAAGGAAUCACACCGGAGAGAACCCCUAUGCUUGUAAAGAAUGUGGAAAAACCUUUAUUUCCCAUUCAGGCAUUCGAAGACACAUGGUAAUGCACAGUGAGGAUGGACCUUAUAAAUAUAAGUUUUGUGGGAAAGCCUUCCAUUGUCUCAGAUUGUAUCUUAUCCAUGAAAGAACUCACACUGGAGAGAAACCGUAUGAAUGUAAACAAUGUGGUAAAUCCUUUAGUUAUUCUGCUACCCUUGGAAUACAUGAAAGAACUCACAGUGGGGAGAAGCCCUAUGAAUGUAGCAAAUGUAAUAAAGCAUUCCAUAGUCACAGAUCCUAUCUUAGACAUAAAAGGAGUCACAGGGGAGAGAAGCCUUAUCAAUGUAAGGAAUGUAGAAAAGCAUUCACGUAUCCCAGUUCCCUUCGUAGACAUGAAAGGACCCACUCUGCGAAAAAACCUUAUGAAUGUAAGCAGUGUGGGAAAGCAUUAUCUUAUCUUAUAAGUUUUCAAACACACCUAAGAAUGCACUCUGGAGAAAGACCUUAUAAAUGUAAGAUAUGUGGGAAAGGCUUUUAUUCCGCCAAGUCAUUUUGAAGACAUGAAAAAACUCACAGUGGAGAGAAACCCUAUAAAUGCAAGCAAUGUGGUAAAGCCUUCAAUCGUUCCAGUUCCUUUCAAUAUCAUGAAAGGACUCACACUGGAGAGAAACUCUAUGAGUGUAAGCAAUGUGGGAAAGCCUUCAGAUGUGCCCCACACCUUCGAAGGCAUGGUAGGACUCACACUGGAGAGAAACCCUAUGAGUGUAAGGAAUGUGGGAAAGCCUUCAGAUCUGCCUCACACCUUCGAAUUCAUGAAAGGACACAAACACACAUAAGAAUACACUCUGGAGAAAGACCUUAUAAAUGUAAGACAUGUGGGAAAGGCUUUUAUUCUCCCAAGGCAUUUCAAAGACAUGAAAAAACUCACACUGGAGAGAAACCCUAUGAAUGCAAGCAAUGUGGUAAAGCCUUCAGUAGUUCCAGUUCCUUUCAGUACCAUGAAAGGACUCACACUGGAGAUAAACCCUAUGAGUGUAAGCAAUGUGGGAAAGCCUUCAGAUCUGCCUCAAUCCUUCGAAUGCAUCCUGGGACUCACCCUGAAGAGAAACCCUAUGAGUGUAAGCAAUGUGGGAAAGCCUUCAGAUCUGCCCCACACCUUCGAGUGCAUGGUAGGACUCACACUGGAGAGAAGCCCUAUGAGUGUAAAGAAUGUGGGAAAGCCUUCAGAUCUGCCAAGAACCUUCGAAUUCAUGAAAGGACACAAACACACAUAAGAAUGCACUCUAUAGAAAGACCUUAUAAAUGUAAGAUAUGUGGGAAAUGCUUUUAUUCUGCCAAGUCAUUUCAAAUGCCUGAAAAAUCUUACACUGGAGAGAAACCCUAUGAGUGUAAGCAAUGUGGGAAAGCCUUUGUUUCUUUCACUUCUUUUUGAUAUCAUAAAAGGACUCACACUGGAGAGAAACCCUAUGAGUGUAAGCAAUGUGGAAAAGCCUUCAGAUCUACCUCACACCUUCGAAAGCAUGGUAGGACUCACACUGGAUAGAAACCGAGGCAGGCCAAAGCAGGUGAAUCACCUGAGGUCAGGAGUUCGAGACCGGCCUGACCAAU